AUGACAGAGCAAGAGGUUGGACCCAACUGUGUGCCUGGCAUUACUGACCCAGGUAAGGUCCAUGUCAUCCAGCCCAGGAACUCUGUGGCUUCUGGAAGCCUUGGGAAGAAUAUGCUUGAGGACCCUCAGAAUCCUCCAAAACUUAUCCCUGGGCCAAUGCAUACCUCAAACCAGUCACAGUGGAACAUGUAAUUUGGAUCAUCUCCUACAUUUGAUCCCAAGAAAUUCAUACACGAGGAGGUCAGAAGGUUAGGGGCUAGCCCGGACAGGUUCCAAGGUGGUUGA